AAGUCGGAAAAAGAUUAACUAAAAUUUUGAAAGAAUAAUAAUAUUUUUACACAAAAGCAAAGUUGGUGGAUAUGUAUAUUCUAAUUUAAGGAGAUUAAAAAUGAGGGCAUGAGCGCGUAAAGAGUAAAGAUUACUCCCACGUUGGGUUGGAACUGGAAGUGAUGGUGCCACUUUGACGUUUUCUUAUCGAACCUUCCCUUACGUCUAGGCUGCUCAAUUCACCAAAUUAUUAAACUUUUAUUAUCUUCGAAAAAGAAAAAAAAGAAAGACGAAUUGGAAGGUAAAGGAAAUGUUGAAAGUGUGUAGGAACCCAGAAUCGCAAUACUAAGAAAUUGCAGAGUCAACGCGUCAAAUUUUGGUUCUCUGCUUUUUCAUAAUCAUAGCCGUGUGGGACUGGACACCAUCCUAACAUUUCACCUCUUUUAUUACUAUUAAUUAAUAUAAUCUCUACACUUUCUUCUUUCUCUUUGCAAAUUUAUCAUACAAACAGUUUAGCAAGGUUGGAAAUUAUUCAUCUUCAACAGGACCCAACUAAUUCUCUUUCGACAGGACCAAACAUAGGAAAUACAAGAUACAGAUAGAAAAGAUAACACCAAAGCUAUACUAGUUCCUCUAAAUGUAGACUACGUCUAGUCUUCUUCAACGGCAAGUUUUACUAUAAUAUGGAGAUUAGAAUAGGAUCUAUCAAGAUACCACAACACUCUAACGAACUCUACAAUAAUGAUUCUCCGAAUUCUAUCUCUCUCACGCUCUAAAGAAGAACUGUUGUCGGGCUCUUCUCUCUUGCUUCACUCACAUCAUGGAAGGGGAAAAUCUUCAUUAGGAUUUUGUUAGUUAUACAAGCUAGUGUCAGAACCUUAUAAAUGGGCUCUAUAGUGCUUCAAAAAUAGCAGGAUGUUUCAAGUCAUAAUACCACGACACUCUAAGGUACCAUGAGGCGCCGUGGGCAGCGCCUAGGUGCUGCCACCUCGACUUCUUGGCACAAUCAUAUGUGUGCAUUGCUCCUUCACUCCCUUUCUCAAAUUUCUUCAAUCUGGGCUUCAACACCCUUCCAACAAGUCUUCUAAAUGAUUUGGGCUUUCACAAAAAACCCAACAUUUUUCUUUUUUGUUUUUUUAGAUAUUAUGCUUAUAACUAUUACGUAAAUAUUUGGUCUACAAAUAAUAGGCCGGGUUAGAUUUCUCACCUCAUGGUAUGGACAGUUAGUAAGCUUUAAUAAAAAAAUAAAAAAAAAGUAGGAACAAUGAUGUAACAUUCAAAAGUUGAAGGACCUAAUAACUACAAUAUUGGAAACGCCUAUUAAAUUUUUCGAGGAAAUAAUUCUUUCCCUUCUCCAAUUUCACACCCCUUUUCUAAAUUCUAAUAAGGACAAAAGAGAGAGAGAAAUAAAGGAAAUAAUUGUAAUUGUAUGGCUGCCCUUUUAAGCAACGUGUAGGGCUCGAAACCAUUACAGCCAGUUGGGUCCCAUCAAGGUUGAUACUCCAGAGCCAAUUAGAACCACAUGUCUGUCACUUACAUAAUCCAUUAACUUCCCCAAAAAUAUCUUGUCCUCCACUCCUCUGCUGCCACGUAAUCAACCCCUCUGCUCUAACAGUGACCACGUCACCUACGCUGUUUUAGUCCACUUUCCUUUGCCCACGUCGCUGCUCUCUUCACCGUUGAUGGAUCAGAAACCCCUUCAUCACCGUCCCCUUUCUGUUAAUUAAAACUCAGAUUGUUUGUGGACACCGAAAUUCAUGCAUAUAGCAGACUCAGACUGACAUUUUUAAGCUCCUUCUCUUACAAUCCUGGGAAACAAAAGAAAAUUCAAGCAAAAAAUCUGUGCUUUCGCCAAACUUGGAAUUACGUACUUUGAUUUUUAAAAGGGUUCAGAAGCUUCCAUAUUAAUUUCUUUUGCUUUUUUGAAGGCUACUUGGCAUGGGAGUUGUGACUGUUUCGAGCUCGGCAGCACGAACUCCUCUUCGGCUGGGCGCAAAAUUUUCCAAUCACAAUUCUACAUUGAAAAGACCAACGAUUGUGGCAUUUAAAGCAGAUAAGCACACUAACACUACUUUGGUCUCACCCCACGAGCAAGUAACCCUACCUGUGGAGAGUAAUAACAGAACCAAGAAAAGAUCAGGAAAAACUAGCAAGUCUUUGAAGAGAGUUAAAGCUGUCUUUACCGAUGAAGCUUCUCCCUGUACUUCGGAAGUGGAUUACAAUGAGGCAGCUGCCAAACUUGAAAAUAUAUUCAAUCUUAGCCCUAUGACAGAUGAUACUGAUGUGGAAAGUAAAGAUGGCAGGUUGAGAAGCGGUCAGCAGAGGAGGAAGAAAUCAGACAAGAGAUCAGGUGAUGGCAUUAUCAGGAACCAGACUAAGAGGAUUAAGCGACUAGAUCUCGACAAGAGGAUAGCAUUGAAAAAUAACAAGGAAGAUAAAGCAGCUCCUUCAUUAAAGAAACAAAAGGAGACCAAAAACGAGGCUGAUGAGAUUGAUGAUCUUGUUAGAGACUACUCUGCUUCAACUGACUUGGUUAGUUUAGACUGGAAAAAAAUGAAGAUUCCUCCAGUUCUUCCUUCAUCGGAGCAUACCCGUUUGUUCAAAUUGGUUCAACCCAUGAAGGCUCUUAUUCAAGUACAAGAAGAUCUGCAGAAAGAAUUGGGCAGAGAACCAACUGAAGGUGAACUGGCGAAUGCGACAAAUAUGAAUGUGGUUCAAGUAAGGAGACAAUUGGAGGUUGGUCGUGCUGCCAGAAACAAGCUCAUCAAGCAUAACCUUCGCCUUGUAUUGUUCGUGAUCAAUAAAUACUUUGAAGAUUUUGCAAGUGGCCCGAAAUUUCAAGACCUUUGUCAAGCAGGAGUCAAGGGACUCAUUACAGCAAUUGAUCGCUUUGAGCCAAAGAGGAGAUUCCGACUGUCAACCUAUGCUUUAUUCUGGAUAAGGCAUGCUAUUAUUCGGUCAAUGACUCUCUCAAGCUUCACACGCGUCUCAUUUGGACUUGACUCGGUAAGAGUUGAAAUCCAAAGAGCUAAACUUGAGUUAUUAUUUGAGCUUCAUAGAUUACCAACAGAGGAAGAGAUAGUUGCAAAAGUUGGCAUCUCACCUGAGAGGUAUCUUGAAGUAAUGAGGGCUACGAAACCUGUUUACUCUCUCCACUCUAGGCAUGCAACUACAUCAGAAGAGUUUAUCAAUGGGAUCACUGAUGUAGAAGGUGCUGGAGGUGACAACCGGAGGCAACCAGCUCUUCUGAGGCUUGCUCUUGACGAUGUGCUUGAUUCUCUUAAGCCUAAGGAGAGCUUGGUGAUCAGACAAAGAUAUGGUCUCGAUGGCAAAGGAAACCGAACAUUAGGUGAGAUAGCCGGAAAUUUAAAUAUUUCAAGAGAAAUGGUUCGAAAGCAUGAAGUCAAAGCUCUCAUGAAGCUGAAGCAUCCUGCAAGAGUGGAUUAUCUUCGUCGGUACUUAAUCUGAACUGAUGAGAACAUCAUGCUUUGUUUCAAUGAUCUUGUACUCUGGAUAAUUUCCUAUCGCCAAAACAUCUCGAGGGGCAAGAGAUAUGUACCAUAUAUUUGUAACUACUUGAAUAUAGAAACCUCACACCAUAUGAUUCAUAUUUUAACGGACAUACAAUUGGCAGCUCUGCUACUUUCAUUUCGGAAGAUGGCAGUUUGAUAGGAGAAGAACAGCAACUAAACAACAGGAAUGGUUAUACUCUUGUAUACAUAGCAUGUGAUAUAAAUAUAUAUACUGUUUAUAACAUUACACCCU